CUUUACAUCCAAACGGAGUUCUCCUCCAGCCCGGAGUGGCUCUCAGUGCCGGCUGGGACACAAAGCUUUUGAGUUAUUUCAGCCACACCAAGAGAACCAGAAAGAGGCUCCCCGCUUACUGAAGACACCGGCUCCUUCCUAACCUCCUGGAAGCUUUGUGCUCGCUCACCUGACUGCUCGGAUUUUUUUUUUCCUCUUAAGCACUAAAUAAAUAAAUAAAGCAGGGAUAAGACUUCCUGAAUAUGUCGAAACAGCCAGCUUCCAACGUCAGGGCCAUUCAGGCGAACAUCAACAUCCCAAUGGGAGCCUUUCGACCAGGAGCGGGACAACCUCCCAAAAGAAAAGAAUUUACUCCUGAAACAGAUGAGAGCCUUCCUCCUACUACAGAAGAGAAGAAGGUACCUCCAGGAGCAAAGAAACUGCCGGGACCUGCAGUUAACCUAUCAGAGAUCCAGAAUGUAAAAAGUGAACUGAAAUAUGUCCCCAAAGCUGAGCAGUAGUCAAAAAGUGAAAGGGUCUGACUUGAAGAUCCAAGGAGAAAAAGAAUGGAUUCCAUUGAAUGUAGAUCACUAAGAUAUUUUAUAUAUUUGUAUGAAGAUUAUUGGCUUCCUGAAUACCAGAGACUCCAGAAGAAACAUUCUAUUUAUACAUUUAUAUCUUUUCUUUCUUGUUGGCUGUCAUUUUUAAUUUAAAAUAUGUUUAUGGCACCUGCAAAACAAAGUAUCUAGGCAAGACUUGUUUGGGGGUGAGGGUGAGGGUGUUUUAAAAUGAAUUAUAAUCUAAUGAACAGAAACACAAUGUUAAAUUACAUUCAUUUUCAUUGGAAGUCAUAUCAACCAUUUCCAUGAUAUUUUAUCAAUAUUUAAAAGGAACAAAAUGAAUAUUAGUUCUUCUACUUGUAACUUUUUAUGAGCUAAAGUAAAUGUCAAAUAAAUGUAGAAAGUGAAUAAAGACCCAGUUAAUUUGG